UAAAGCUUGUCGUUGUAUCUGGACUUUGGAAGUACGUAGGACCUUUGGCACGAGUUGCGCGGCUGCAUUUCUGCGUUUUCAUCCAGUGUUGUGGACUUACUUUCGCUUCGUUCUCAAACAGGGAGGAAAAAUCAUGCUGCUCCUCUUACUUGGAAUCGUCAUUCUGCACAUUAUAGCUCUGGUGCUCCUUUUCGUGUCCACUAUAGUCAGUGCAUGGGUUGUGAACCCAAACAGCAGCUCAGACCUCUGGACAAACUGCACCUUAAUCAGUGGACUCUCUAAAUGUGACUACGCAGACUCUGGGGUUUGGAUUCAGGCAGUCCAAGCCCUCAUGAUCCUGUCGAUCAUUUUCAGCUGUCUGUCUCUCUUGCUGUUCUUCUGCCAGCUUUUCACACUCGAGAAGGGCGGACGCUUCAUCCUUACUGGAUCAUUCCAGAUCCUUGCUAGUCUUUUUGUUAUGUGUGGCGCAAUUAUUUAUACGGUAAAGAACGGCAUGUGGGUCCAUCCGUCAGAAUCUUUUGGCUUUUGCUACAUCCUGGCCUGGGUAGCCUUCCCUCUGGCACUAAUAAGUGGUUUAAUCUACGUAAUCUUGAAAAAACGAGGGUGAGGUGGUGCCCUUCUCUGGCCGCAAUCAGGAAGCAAAGCUCUGAAGCCAAAGUAUUGCACUGCACCCACAGAGAAGUGAAAUUGUGCAGUAUCUUCAUCUGGGGGGGUCAGUCAAAAUCAACUCCACUGCCACUCCAAAAAAAAACAUAUUCAAUACUGUCAUCAUUUGAAGAUGUAUAUAGUAUCUGUGGUUUAAAACCUAUUUAUAACACUUUUUACAUGUAUGUAAAUAGUAUUUUAUGUUUGCUCUGUUGACAAAGAACCUUGCAAAAGCUUUUCUUUUUGCUAAUUAAGUGCCUAGUGUGUGUUUUUGUCCCAGAAAUUUGCAGCAUUAGCCAUUAUGUGUUUGUCAUUUUCUUCCCUUAUACAGCCACAAAUACAUAUUAUAAAGUUUUUGAGGGGGGGUAUUUUAACCAAAGUGCAUGUAUUAAAUUACUGGGAUAAUGACAAGGUGUUUUCAAUUAUGCUACAUUCAGAAUCCAAAGAAAAAGUAACUGAUAAACCAUGUUUUUUUUUUUUUGUUUUCCCAUCAUUUCAAAGCUUGGUAACAUUUUUCCAUUUGUUAACAUGAA